AUGGACCUCCCGUGGGUGCCUGAGAGCCUGGUCGGCUUCCUGGAUCGCGUCAGUCGGGAGCUGGAGGCGACGCUGGAGAAACCCCGCAGGAAGCGACGCCUUGCCGUCAAGCCCAAGGACAACAGCAGAAAGAAGCGCUGGAGCCAGAAGGAGCGCUGGCGGGAGAAGGGCGGAAGGACCGGAUGGGAGUCGGUCGAAGACGCGGCCUGGACAUCCCCCGAGGGAGACGCCCUCGCCCCGUUCCUCCUCUCGCCCGGGCGUUCCUUCGCUUUCGUCGCGGGGGCGACCCAAGACGAGGUGGGAGUGGAGGGCGUCGGGGGGAGGAGGGACCGCGAGGACGAAUCUCGGAGUCCGGUCGUUUCCAUGGACGAGUUGGACGUGAUCGUCGCCAACGAACUCGACCGGAUCCAGCAGGAGACUCACUAUCUGGAGUUCGGGACGGGAACCAUGGAGUGUUUGUCGCCGUCGGUCCAAGCCUCGGGAAGCGGAGGGAGAGACCGCGAGGACCGCUUCUCGCAGCUGUCGCCUUCGGACGCCGCGGCUAUUCCGUGGACCGCGGGAGGAGGUGGGGGCGGCAGGUGUCCGAAUCCCGAUCCGAAUCCCAAUCCGAAUGCGAAUCCGGGGUCGUCGUGUUCGUGCGACAGCGGGUUCUCGUCGCCCUCGCCGGCUUCGUCGCCCGAUGCGCUCCCGCUCGCGCUCUCCAAGGCUCUUCAGCCGUGGUUCCAAGUUCAAACUCCGGCCGACUGGCACUAUUGA